UUUCACUUUUCAGUUUCAUAAAACUUUAUUAAUUAUUUGUGAACUCAGGUCUCAGAGUAUUCGUAAUUACUUUAGAACAAGUAUAGUUCUCGUAAAGCUCUAAUUUAAUCAGUUUGCUUAGCUGACGUGCAUUUUAUUUCGAAUUAUUUUUACUACAAAGCUCCACGACCACGCCAUGUGUCAGCGUUCGCUAAGUUCAUUUAAUGGAAAAAUAGCAGAGAUUCCUGGUGUUUACGUAGACAACUUCGAGAAUGUGGAAUCGGUGAAACCACGAGUGUAUUUUCUGAGUCAUUGCCAUUCAGAUCACAUGCAAGGGCUACAUUCGGGUAAUUUACUGGAUUAUUUGAUAGAACAUGAUGUGUAUAUUUACACCACGGAGUUAUCCGCCGCAAUAAUAAAUGACGACAAAAAGGACACGAGGAUUAUGGACUAUGUGAAGGUGCUUAAAUUAGGUUCGUCACUAAUAACGUUGCCGAGUACAAAAAACGAGGAGGAAAUAUUACUAACAGUUACCCUGAUCCCCGCGGGGCACAGCGCAGGCGCGGUCAUGUAUCUAUUCCAAACUGUGUCUUACACAGUAUUAUUUACAGGCGAUUUUCGCAUAAACACCUCUGAUGUGCGCAAAUACGCUGCGUUGCAUACAGAUGGUGUGCCGAUGAAAAUUAACACAAUGUAUGUAGAUACAACGUUCAUAGAUUGUGCGUACGAGAAUUUUCCGAAACGAUCGGAGAGUGUAGAGGAGAUGGUCAAAGAAUUGGAGCAUUGGAUCAAUAAUGAUAAACGAGGUGUAGCAUUGCACACAUCGGCGAAGUAUGGAUACGAAUUCGCUUUUAACGAGAUAUAUAAGCGGUUGGGCUUGAAGGUAUACGUGGAUGGAGAUAGAUGGAAGUUUUACAGAUUAAUACCCCAUCUGGUACCUGGUGUGACAAACGAUUCGAAACACACAAAAAUACAUUUAUGUACGAAACGCAAAAACGAACAUACAACAUGCAUUCCGAGAAGCUACCCUCAAUUUUUAUAUGUUCACUUAUCGGCCAUGAAAUGGACUAAUUAUUCCCCAAAUUUAAAGUCAGUCGAACGUGUGACGCCGUCACGAAUAGACGUAUGUUUCGCGACACACUGCAGUAGAAGCGAACUAAUGUAUUUCGUGAAUUAUUUUUCACCAGAUAAAGUUGUUGGUUUUCCUAAUCCUUUUGUGGGUAGACGUGGUGUAAAAAGAAAGGCUGAGUCUUGUGAUAGUCAAAUGGAUAAUGGAGAAAAGAAACUAGAUCGUAAUUUGUUAAAGGAAAUAUUUGGUUGAUAGUUUUUUUGGAAGAACAUUGUAUGGGUUGUUGGAAGUCGAAUCGCGUGUUGCGAAAGAGGGCUAGACGGAAUUAGGACCAAAAUUUGUAAAGACAUUUUUUGCUAUCGUUGUAAGCCUUAGUUCCCGGGUGUCAAGGGACAAUCAGAUUCUGACUGUGGCUGCUUUAUUUCGGAUGAAUUGAUUAAUAUCUAACCAAUCCUUCCACUGUGUCAGACUUUCGUUCUAAUAUAAUAUUUUGUUAUAAAAUAUAUAAUUGUUGGAACCGCUGGUUAAAAUGGUCUGGAAUAGGAUGCACCCUAAAUGCUUUGCCUCCGAUCUCGUCGUUGUGUGUGGGUUGCAGUCAUCAUUAUUGCAGAAGUGGAGACAUUUAGAUAGCAGAAAGUAACGUUCAAAGCUCAACGUUGCCGAAAACCCAAGAGAAGAUAGUUAAUCCUGGGCUGUAUUCCAGUAUGUGUCUACACGGGAUUUCACAAUAAUAAAAUAAAUAAAAUAAAAUAA